UACCAUCCGUGUACACUGCGUUCAAAUCCAGCCAUACACAGCACUUUUCACGACUUUCUUCACUUAAUAAGCCUAACCUUGACAACCUUCUCUAAUAUAAAUAUGAUUGUAUACGGGGACUGACUGCUGGACGAGCGUUAUAUAAAACACCUUUAAUCGCGAUCACAGCAUCGGGUUGGGUUUCUGCGCCAAGAGGAGGCAAGAAAUGAUCUGGACUCUGAACCGCUGAUCACCAACAGAAGUAGGCAUGCCAUCCUGAAGGAUCACCCUCUGAGAGUUGUUCUCUCCAAGAAUAAUUCUUAGCCGGAUUAGAGAAGUCAUUAUGGUGAACUGUUUGGCUGCGGGAUUCGCUUGUCAUGCGGCGCUGUGCAGGAAUAAGAAAAGUUGCUAAGUAAAAAGAGAGGGAAUCGAGAGAGAGAGCAGACUCUAUCAUGUCUCGCCAUCAAAGUCGAGCCACCAGCCUGGAUGAGAAGAGUGCCACGCCUGGCCACAAGAGCUCUGCCCUCUCACACAAGAGCUCCACCCCUACUCACAAGAACGCAUCAUCAUCCUCUUCCUCUCAGAGAGACAGUCGACAGGAGACAGAUAAUUGGGAGAUCAUUGAGGGGCUGAAGAUUGGACAGACUCAUGUCCAGCGUCCAGAGAAACAUGAAGGCUUCAUGCUGAAGAAGAGGAAAUGGCCCCUGAAAGGCUGGCACAAGCGCUUUUUCUUGCUGGACAACGGGAUCCUGAAAUACUCAAAAUCUCCUGUAGACAUUCAGAAAGGAAAGCUUCAUGGCAGUAUAGAUGUGGGGCUGUCCGUCAUGUCCAUUAAGAAGAGAGCUCGCCGUAUAGAUUUGGACACAGAAGAGCACAUCUACCACUUGAAGGUGAAGUCACCAGAUGUUUUUGACAUCUGGGUGUGCAUGCUGCGUCAUCAUCGUUUGUUCCGUCAGAAUGAGAUCGUUCGUUCUCCUCGUGAUGCUACGUUACGGACCUUCCCUCCGUCUGCCAGCGCAGAGUCACCGCAGACCAACCCCUCCAGCACACACCAAAACAAGCAGGUUAAACCCAGUUGUCUGCCCUGGCAGCUUCCUCCAUCCUGCAGUAAUGGCCAGAGUAAAGUGGCGGCCUGGUUGAAGGAGUCAGAGGAGAUGGAUAAAUGUGCAGAAGAACUCGCCUACUGCCAGUCUAGUCUUCUAGAAUUGAGUCAACUGCUGCAGAGUUUGGAGAUCUUACAGAGAACACAGUCAGCCCCUAAUUUCACUGACAUGCAGGUUCCCCUCAGUGCAAGUAUGUCUCAAGUGCGUCUCCACUCCUCUAAUCCAAACCUAUGUGCGGAGCUGGCUGAUUUUCAAACCCCUGUCAUGCGUCUGACUGACAGUAUCAACAGCGCAAGUGACUACAUCAAACUGCAAGAAGAUUUCUGCAUCGUUGCACAAAAAGUGCACUCUCUGCUGAAGUCUGCUUUCAACACUGUGGCCAUAGAGAAGGAGAAGAUUAAACAGGUGUUGUUGGAACAGGAACAAACCGGCCAGUCAAUUCAGCUUAUGACUCUCCGCCGCUCCCUGUCACAGGCCUUGUCCCAGAAUGCUGAGCUAAAGACCCGUCUGAACCGGAUUCACUCUGAAUCAGUCUUGGCUGAUCAAGUGGUCAGUGUGAACAUCAUCAGCAGUCCUGAUGAGGCAGGUGAGCCGCUUCACGUGGGCAUCCCUCUUUCUGCACAGGUCUCCAAUGAGAGCAGACUCUCUAUGUCAGAGUCAGUGUCUGAGUUCUUUGAUGCUCAGGAGGUGCUACUGUCAGCCAGUUCAUCAGAGAAUGAGGCAUCUGAUGACGAGUCCUAUGUCAGUGAUGUGAGUGAUAACAUUUCAGAGGACAAUGCCAGCGUCACAGAUAAUGUUUCUAGACAGAUGCCAAAUGGUGAUCUGGCCAGUGGUGCAUUGCGUAAUGGCAGACGCACGUGUCUUCCUGCCCCUGCCCCCGACACCUCCAACAUUAACCUGUGGAACAUCCUGAAGAACAACAUCGGGAAGGACCUGUCUAAGGUGUCCAUGCCAGUGGAGCUAAAUGAGCCCCUGAACACCCUGCAGCACAUGUGUGAGGAGCUGGAAUACACUGAGCUACUGGAUAAAGCUGCUCAAACUGACGACCCCUAUGAACGCAUGGCAAUCGUUGCAGCGUUUGCAGUUUCAGGAUAUUCGUCCACCUAUUACAGAGCGGGCAGUAAACCCUUUAACCCUCUGCUGGGGGAAACAUAUGAAUGUAUCCGGGAAGACAAAGGAUUCUGCUUCUUCUCUGAACAGGUGAGCCAUCACCCCCCCAUCUCCGCCUGUCACUGUGAGUCACAGAACUUCACCUUCUGGCAGGAUGUCAGAUGGAAGAAUAAGUUUUGGGGGAAGUCUAUGGAGAUUCUUCCCAUUGGAACAGUAAAUGUCAUGCUGCCUAGUUAUGGUGAUCACUAUGAGUGGAACAAAGUGACGACAUGCGUCCACAAUAUUCUGAGUGGCAGACGAUGGAUUGAACAUUAUGGAGAGGUCACCAUCAGAAACACUCGCAACACUACCUGCAUCUGCAAACUCACCUUUAUUAAGGGUAAUUACUGGAGCUCUAAUGUGAAUGAGGUGCAGGGCUCUGUGCUGGACCAGGAGGGGAAGGUUAUUCACAGGCUGUUUGGCAAAUGGCAUGAGGGUCUUUACUGUGGAGUCCCACCUUCAGCUAAGUGCAUGUGGAGACCAGGGUCAAUGCCCACAGACUAUGAGCUGUACUACGGCUUCAGCAGGUUUGCUAUAGAGCUGAACGAGCUGUUCCCAGAACUUAAGGAACUGCUGCCAUCAUCAGAUGCACGCUUCAGACCUGACCAGAGGUAUCUGGAGGAAGGAAAUGUCCAGAUGGCAGCAACUGAAAAGCAACGAAUAGAAGAGCAGCAGCGUCACAGGAGGAAGUGGUUGGAGGAGAACAACAUCAGAUAUCAGCCACGAUUCUUCAAGAAGGUUAUGGACAGUAACCAUAGGGAGAGGUGGGUGUCUAAUAACACAUACUGGGAACUGCGCAAGGACCCAGGCUUCCUCAAUCUAGAGAACCCUCAACUGUGGUAGGAUCAACAUAUCCGUGCUGAUGACGCCUUCACUGCUGACUACAGAUGCUUACUAUGCAGGACUCUGCUGAACAGGAGAAGCCCUGGGUCUUUCCUGUAGAUUUGGAUUUUAUCUCUAGAAAAAAAUAAAUUGAAGAGAACAGACUUGCCACAUCACUUCAGCAGACCCCACCUCCAUGAUCAUCCUCUCCAUAGUAACACAGAGACAGCGCUGUUGUCAGGGCAACAGUAAGAGCAGUGGAGCUGUCCACAUGAAACCAGUUGUGCUUCCUGUUGUCCUUGCCUUAAAAAGUCACUAUUCAACAACAUAGUUUUAUGGUUUUAGUCAUAAUCCCUGAACUUCUGAAAAUUAUUGGUUUAGAUUGAUUAAAUUUGUUCUUGGUUACACCAUUACAUCUACAGUAUAUUCUGCAUGUGUAGAUGGCUGCUUUCAUAUGUUACACUGUGUCCUAGCUGGGCGUGAAGCGAUAAAGCAAAAAGCGAUAAAAGUUAUCUCUUCCAUUAUAAAUCUGAGCAGCGGGAAACGGUGCAUUUUGUUGAUCGCUUGAUUUCUAUUUCUGCAGCAUUAUGCUGGGUAGCUCCUCCCACUGCAAACUCUCAUUGGUUCAAAAUCUCACUCCACAUUACAGUACAUUUAAAGCAAUAGUUCACCCAAAAAAUCAGCAGCCAUAUCACCCUGCAGCUCUUGCCUGGUUGCCCACUAAAGCUAAGCAGGGUUGAGCCUUGCCAGUACCUGGAUGGGAGACCUCCUGGGGAAAACUAAGGUUGCUGCUGGAAGAGGUAUGAGGGAGGCCAGCAGAGGGUGCUCACCCUGCAGUCUGUGUGGGUCCUAAUGCCCCAGUUUAGUGACAGGGAUACUAUACCUGAUAAAGGCGCCAUUCUUUGGAUGAGAUUUUAAACUGAGGUCCUGCCUCUCUGUGGUCAUUAAAAAUCCUAAGGCACAUCUCGUAAAAAGUAGGGGUGUACCCCGGUGUCCUGGCUAAAUUACCCCCAUUGGCCUUUAUCUGUCAUGGCCUCCUAAUAAUCCCCAUCCCUGAAUUGGCUACUACUCUCUACUCUCUCCUCUCCAUCGAUAACUGGUGUGUGGGGCGCGUACUGGUGCACUAUGGCUGCCGUCGCAUCACCCAGGUGGAUGCUGCACACUGGUGGUGGUUGAGGAAAGUCCCCAUAUACUAUGUAAAGUGUUUUUAAGUGUCUAGAAAAGCACUAUAUAAAUAUAAGGUAUUAUUUUUAUUAUAAAAAAUGAUAAAUCUCUUAUCAUUUACUUACCCUCAUGCCAUCUCAAACUCAUCUCUCAUAUUUAAGCCAAGGAAUCUGCAGAUGUCAAGAUUUAUAGUGAAAAAUUAGUUAAAUUGUUGUCUGUUUCAUACCCAAAACCAAUCGUUUCAUUUCAGAAGACAUGAAUUAAACCAAUCUAGUAGUAUGGAUUAAAUUUAUGCUGCUUUUAUGUCCAUUUUGGAGCUUGAAAGUUUUGGACCCCAUUGACUUGCAUUGUCUGGAUAUAUGCACAUCAUAUAUCCUUGAAAAUAUCUUUGUGUUAUGUUAAGAGAUGCUAGUGGCUACCCAUUACCUUCCUACCUACCUACUGUCUAACAAACUGUGUGCUUACAGAGGUGAAGUAAUGUGAAAAGAGGAAAAGAAAAAGAAAAGCAAUUGGCUAGCAGCGGAUGAUGCCGUCACUGUGAAACCACCAGCCCAAACCGUAGUCCUGCUCAUGAGUCAUCCCAAGCUGACUCUUCUUAGUAGUUUGUUGGAAUCCAGUUCCCCUGGCUAAACAGCAUGAAUAUAAUGCCAGUAAUAGUUAUAUAUGUGUAAUACAAGUCAUGGUUUAAAUCAGUAAACAGAGUAGAUGUUGGUGGCCAACGUCUAAAUUAAAAGAUUUUGUUUGAACUGUAAGAUUAAUGACUAAAAGUCUUUGAAGUCCAUCUUGAAUUAACUGUGGAAGUGCACAUAGAUGAAGUGUCCUUUUUAUUUUACUGAUGAAGGCUUUAGUUGGCAUUCAUGUAUUGUCUAUGUAUUCCAUUUUAAGAGAGUGUAGUCCAUCUUUUGACCAAGAUGAUGCAGGCAGAGGUCAGUGAAUGGCAUUGCAGUCCGGCUGGAAACUUGUGGCAGUACAUUCUGGUGAAGUCCAUCCUAAGUCCGAGGUUCAGGCAGUGGCCAGUGAAGUAUCCCAUGUCUUACGGAUUGAAGUUGGCAGGAGUUCAUCCUCUGUGAAGUCAAUUGCAGGAGACUGAAGGGAUGUCUGUUUGCACAGACUGCAGUUAGUAGUCAUCACUCAGCGACACAUAGCGGUGGGAGUGGGACACUGGGCAGGUUAACAGGUACAAUCAGCAAAACUUAACAGGUAGCCAAUGAAUCGACAAUAAAAUGGGACUGAUAUGAUCAUAUUUCUUGGUUCUAGUCAGCACUCCUAGCUGCUAAAUUUUGAACUAAUUUAAGUUUAUUUACUGAACCUGCCUGACAUCUUCCCAGUAAUGCAUUACAAUAAUCUAGUCUUGAGGUCAUGAACGCAUUAAUUGGUUUUUCAGCAUCAAAACAGAGCGUGUUGUAAUUUGGCAAUAUUUCUGAGGUGGAAGAAUGCUGUUCUACAAACAUUGGAAAUGUGAUUUUCAAAGGACAGAUUGCUAUCAAAUAUAACACCUAAAUUCUUUGCUGUAGAAGAUGGCAUAACAGUACAUACAUUGAGAGUCAACUUAUAUUCUAGGUGUGUUGCAUUAACUGUCUUAACAUUGCCAAGCCCCGACACCUGCCCUUCAUCUAAAAUCUUAACAGUACAUAGAAAUUCAUACAGACAGCAGUUAGAGACAGCAUAAUGGUGAGUAAAUUAUCAUUUUGGGUGAACUAUUUCUUUAACAUCAUAUAUGGUUUUAUUUGCUGUGAUCGUAGUUUUAUGUUAAGUCUGAACAGACAAAUGGCUUGACGCUGGAAACUUUUUGUAUCACGACUGGUUAAGACAGUGUUUUACGGACUAGGGGUUGAUAAUGGUCGAUAAUGAUAAACAUUUUUAUAAAAAGUGAUUCAAAAACUCUGGAAAAAUAAUGAAAGUUCCUUUUGUAUUUAAAACAAUAUCCAGAGUAGGCUAAUGGUAGACAUGUCUUAUCCAUUGCAAUGAAACAACUUUAUCAAUAAAUACAAUAGUGGACCUUAUUCGUCAAAACAUGAGCAGAACAGAUUUGUUCAUACAUUUUUAGUAAAGCCAUUCUUAUGUAAAUUUGUAUAUUGAAUUCAAUGACAAUUUACGUACAGUAAAAAUGGAUGAAUGAACAUCAAGUAUAAAUAAGGAGGAUAAGGACAAAUUUGUUCUGCUUGUGUUUCAAGAAAAAGUCCCAUUCUUUUAAUAAUUAGUUAUCUUUUUUAUUUACUCGUCAUCAUUUUGCAAUCCAAGAAAAUUAGGCUACUCUCUUUUUUGUCAAACAUAGAGGUAUAAGCAUUUGUAUCCAAAACAAAUUUAACUUGUAUAAUCACCCACCCCUAAUAAGGACUCAAAAUUAGUCAGUUUAGUUUUAAUAUUGUUAUGGUAUUUUUGUAAACGAUCAAAAGGACAGAAUUGCUUGGCAGUUAAAGGUGUGCAGUGAUUGGUUGGUCCAUUUCAUUAAAGAAGUCUUAUUUUACCUCUUCAUUUUCAGAGGCAUCCUUUUAAUGUUCUUUCAAAGGUACAGUUAAAUAUGUACCAUAUGCUGAAGGUACAGUAUAAGAUGGUUUUAUAAUUGUACAUGCUGUAACGGCUCACAUUUCAAAUCCUUCCAAAGAAUCAAACCUGUAAAGCGGCAUCCACAUGACUCGCAUAAGGCCCAGCAUAAAGCGCUGCUUUGCCCUCCACAUGACAAGCAUUGAAGAAAGCACCACAGGGGGCAAUUUUACUAAUUUUCCUGGGAAUAAAGCAGAAGGUGUGCAAAGUAAACAUUGAAAACGUAUUUGGAGAAGAGAAAAAGGUCCUGGCAAUUGAUACACUCACUGCACAAAGUAAUAAGAGGACUCCUUUACUGUAAGGUCUUUGGGGUGCUGGUCAAUGUAGUAAUCCUCUUAAAGACGUUGCUGUUUAAACCCACAUGGGGGUGCUGGAAACUAUCACAAAAAUAGUAUGGUAUUAUUCAGUAACCACUUGCUUGAUCUACAAAAAAUAUGUGUCCUUCUAAAACUUAGACUCUGAUCUUUACAAUGAAUAUAGCUGAACUGACCAAUUCUAAAAUACUGCUUUUAAAUUUGCUGACAAAUUAGAACUUCCAUUUUCAUAGUUAGUAAAUUUGUGAUCACAAAAAUAUUUAGAACGAGUAAAAAAAAUAAAAAUAAAAAAAUCACAUAUAAAACGGAUACAUGCAACUAACCCAAAUUAAAAAAAAAAAAAAACUAAAACAUUCUGAGCAUGUAUUUUCGGUUUGCCCUUGAAAAGGUAUACAUCUUUAAAAAUUGCCUUCAAGGUCCUCUGGAUGCUUGAAAUGUACAAAUAAAAAUAAAUUAUGAAACAUUAAAUAUCUCUUCAGACGAUUUUAAAAUAUUUAUUGUUGCUUUGUACUCUAAAAGACAUCAUUGGUGAGGUAAAAGCGUGUGUGAAAAUCACUAUAGUGUUAACUUGACCUCAAAUUACAAUGCUUGAGGGAAGCGCAAUGCGGCGCCAGGGCAGCGCAGACUUUGAAACUUUCCUCCAUAGACUUCCUUGCCUUUGUAAAAGUUAAAGGUGGGCAAGGAGGAGGCAGGAACCGGCUGAACAGUCAACAUAAAGUUUAAUGUAAAACUCGCUCUCCCACUGAUCAGCUGAUUCAGCGGCGGCAGUGCAUCGUCAUGGCCCGGCCUUGCCCUCCUCCUCGUCACACUCCUCCCCCGCCCGAUUCAGACCAGGGUGCCACCAGUCUUACCCUGCCUUACCAAGCAUUUUUCCAUUACCAUUGCUGAUUGUUCUCUUGUUAUGAGUUUUCCUGGAUUUUCUGCCUUUUGGAUACCCCUUUGUUUUGUUUGCCUUGUUGGACUGUCUUUUUGGUUUAUUGGAUUAUACCGCCUGCUUAACAACUACCUCUAUUUGCCUGCCGAUUUGGAUUGUUUGCUUGUGUACUUUAAUAAAUUUCCUGCACAUGGAUCCUAACACCGUCUCCAUGGCCAGUUCGUUACAGAAUACUUGGCGUAACAUGGAUCCAGCGGAAGUUUCACAGCUCCAGGCCACAUUCGCGCACCAGUGCUCGCACCUCGGUAUUAAGGGGUUACCAAGACCAGCUGAACAACCUACGAGCUGCCAAUGAAUGUUUGACACAAUACAUUCACUCACUGCCAGCUCCCCAUGCUAAACCGGUAAGCUUUGCUCUACCUGAUAAGUUUGAUGGUUCUGCUGAACAAUGCUGGGGUUUGUUAUGACAAUGCAAGAUAUUUUCCUCAAAUCAGCCUGAAUCAUUUGAUCAAGACACCAGAAAAUGUUAUUUAAUGUCAAAGCUCUCGAUUGGGCCGGCGCUGUUUGGGAUAAAGAUUCUCAAAUCCAGGUUUCAUGUGAUUACUUCAUUCAACAAAUCCAUGAAGUCUUCGAGUAUCCAGCGGGCGGCCAAGGUAUCUCUGUUCAGCUACUUCAUCUACGGCAGGGUCAUCGAUCAGCAGCGGAUUAUGCAGUUCUGUUCAAGACACUAGCGGCUCAGAGUGGGUGGAAUGAUGUCACUCUGAAGACUGUUUACCGCAAAGGGCUUAACCUAAAACUCAGGAUGAAACUGACCUCCAAGGGUGAAGGUACGAAUCUUUCUGAAUACAUAAUUAUGGCCAUCAAGAUUGAUAACCUGCUACAAAAUGCUUCACGGCCUCAGUUUCGCUUCACCUCGAAUUCUACAGUCUCAGUACAGGCCCAGGAAUCCACUGUAUCACCCGAACCCAUGCAAGUUUCAUACAAUCGUGUUUCCAUGGAGGAACGCCAAUGUCGACGCAAUGAAAACCUUUGCUUUUACUGUGGUUCACAAUGUAAUUUCAAUGCUACGUGUCCACACAAGAAAUCAAGUUCCUCUGAGUCAAGGCAGCACAUGAGUACCAUGAACAUUAUAUCACCCAUCUCACAUAAUUUUCUGUUGCCUGUAGAGAUCUCCAUUGGUGAUCAUGUAAGAUGUGUUACAGCAUUAGUGGAUUCUGGGGCUGCUGUUAAUCUCAUUAAUCAGGAGAUUGUUCAAGAACUCAACAUACCCACCAUUGAAUGCUUUCCUAAGAUUAACAUCACCACAGUUGACAACGCACCUAUUGGUACUGGCAUAACACAACAGACUGUUCCUAUAACCAUCAAGAUUGGACUUUUCAUGUAGAGAAUAUCUCACUAUAUGUCAUCAACUCACCCAAGCAUGCUCUUAUCCUGGGUCAUCCCUGGCUGGCCAUCCAUGACCCAUUGAUAUCCUGGAACCAAGUUGAGCUCACACAUUGGUCAAGUUUCUGUCAAAAACAUUGUUUCCAUGUUGCUGUUUCCAGGCCUUGCCUUAUCACCAGUAUUGAGAGUCCUGAAUCAUAGAAGGAGACCACGAUUCCCAAGGAGUAUGCAGAGUUCAGUGAAGUGUUUAGUAAGAUUAAAGCUACACAACUUCCUCCUCAUCGUCCAUGGGACUGUGCUAUUGAACUUCUGUCCAAUACAGAUCCACCGAGAAGCAAGGCCUAUGCAUUGUCACACCCUGAAAACCUCGCCAUGGAGAAUUACAUUGAGGAAGCCCUUGCCUCCGGUUACAUCCAUCCCUCCACCUCCCCAGCUGCUACAGGUUUCUUUUUCGUAGAGAAGAGGGAUGGAGGUCUACGUCCCUGUAUCGACUACCGAGGCCUGAACUCUGUCACCAUAAAAUAUCGUUACCCAUUACCACUUAUCCCCUCAGCCCUUGAACAACUCCGUGAAGCCAAGAUCUAUACCAAACUUGAUCUAAGGAGUGAUUAUAACCUCGUCAGGAUUCGAGAAGGGGAUGAGUGGAAGGCUGCUUUCAUCACCACCAGGGGCCACUAUGAAUAUAUGGUCAUGCCGUAUGGACUUGCUAACGCCCCCACAGUUUUCCAGUCCUUUAUCAACAAAAUAUUCAGAGACUUACUGAAUCAUUGUGUGGUGGCCUACAUUGACGACAUCCUCAUCUACUCACAAAACAUGGAACAACAUAUCCAGCAGGUCAAGACAGUCUUAUCACGUCUCCAGGAACACCAACUAUUUGUCAAGGCAGAAAAGUGUGAGUUCAUACCUCUCAUACCACUUUCCUGGAUUACAAUAUCAGCCAUCAAGGUGUGGAGAUGGAUGUCUCAAAGGUAACCGCAGUCACCGAAUGGCCUCGACCUUCUAAAAUCAAGGAACUACAGCAGUUCCUGGGCUUUGCCAACUUCUAUCGCCGUUUCAUUAGGAAUUACAGUACCACUGCAGCACCACUCACGUCAUUGCUCAAAGGAAAGCCAAGCAAGUUGCCAUGGAACAAUGCCGCAUACCAAGCCUUCAUCUCCCUCAAGUCAAGCUUCACGACUGCUCUGAUACUGAAACAUCCUGACCCCUAUCCCUUCGUCGUUGAGGUAGACACUUCAGAUUGUGAGAUUGGAGUGGUCCUGUCACAACGUCACAGAACACCAGGCAAGCUUUACCCAUGUGCCUUUUUCUCCAGGAAGUUGAACUCAGCUGAACAUAACUAUGAUGUGGGGAAUAAAGAAUUACUUUCCAUGAAAGUGGCACUCGAGGAAUGGCAUCACUGUUUAGAGGGGUCAAUCCACCCAUUCCAAGUUAUCACCGUUCACAAGAAUCUUGAAUAUAUCAAGGCAGCCAAGAGAUUGAACCCACGUUAAGCACGAUGGUCAUUGUUUUUCACCAGGUUCAAUUUUACAGUCACUUACUGUCCUGGCAGCAAGAAUAGCAAGGCAGAUGCACUAUCACGCAGACAUGAUCCACCUCACCUCCAACCUCACCCUGGGUCCAUCCUGCCACCAUCUGUCAUCAUAGCACCGAUUAACUGGGACAUCAUGGAGGAGAUACAACGAGCACAACAGCAUGAACCGUCACUACCUAACUGCUCCCCUACCAAGCACUACGUACCCCAAGCUCUACGUCAGAGGACUAUCCAAUGGAUCCACACUUCCCUGAGCACAGGACACCCUGGAAUCCAAAGAACUGUUACCCUGGUACGUAAUUCUUUCUGGUGGCCAUCGUUGAUUCAUGAUGUGACUAACUAUGUGAAGUCUUGUCAGAGAACUGCCCACGGGGUUGCUUCAACCACUGCCCAUACCACAAAUACCAUGGUCUCACCUGUCCAUCAACUUCGUCACAGACCUGCCAAACUCCCAUGGAUAUACUACCAUUCUGGUAAUAAUUGAUCGAUUUUUUAAAUCAUGUAGACUUGUCCCUCUCAAGGGUUUACCCACUGCCAUGGAAACCGCUAAUGCUUUGUUCAACCAAGUGUUUAGGAUCUAUGGAUUACCAGAGGACAUCAUGUCCAAUUGAGGUCCACAGUUCAUGUCCCCAGUUUGGCAGGUGUUCUGCAAACAACUGGACAUUAAUGUGAGUCUCACUUCUGGUAAUCACCCUCAGGCCAAUGGACAGGUGGAAUGUCUAAACCAAGAGAUUAGCAGAUUUCUUCAGAGCUAUUGUAGCUGUGAACAGGAGAAGUGGAGCGACUUCCUGCCCUUGGCCGAAUAUGCACAGAAUUCCCUCACUCAUACCUCUAUGGAUUUAACCCCCUUCCAAUGCAUGCUGGGUGAGAGGGUGUGGGACAGCGCACAUGUCUGGCUACAGCGAGCGGUCCGAGUUCAACGCUUCCAUGCUGACCGACGGAAGCACCCCCAUCCCAACUAUCAGCCAGGACAGAGAGUCUGGUUGUCCAGAAGGCUACCCUGCAGGAAGCUCAGUCCAAGGUAUGUGGGUCCUUUCAGAAUUAUCCAUCAAAUAAACUCAGUUACUUACCGUUUAGAGCUUCCUGCUAAUUACCGUAUUUCUCCUUCCUUCCAUGUGUCCUUGCUGAAACCUGUCCACCCGGCGUCUGGCUGUGGAACCAUGGAUUCUGAGCCUCCACCUCCAUUGGAGGUAGAUGGAGCCCCAGCAUAUAUGGUCAGAGAGAUCAUGAACUCAAGACGACGAGGGAGCCAGAUGCAAUACUUGGUAGACUGGGAGGGCUAUGGACCAAAGGAGAGAUCAUGGGUAGCCGCCAAGGACAUAUUGGACCCGUCCCUGAUCCAAGAACUUCAUCAUGCCCAUCCUAAUCGUCCAGCACCACAACCAAGGGGACAUCCCAGUAGAAGAACACCAGGAGUUGUUCGUAGAGGGGGGGUUCUGUAACAUCCGAGGUUGUUACCCCUCCUACCAACCAACAGAGGGAGCCCUCUCCCGAAUACUAACUCUGUACCGUUUCUUCUUUGGUGAUUUCCUGUUUGAACUAUAUAAAUACCAUGCUGUUCCAUUUUGACUUUGCGAAGUAUUGCCAGUUUACCCUGCCUUACCAAGUGUUAUUCUAUUGCCAUUGCUGAUUGUUCUCUUGUUAUGACCAUUGCCUGUUUUCCUGGAUUUACUGCCUUUUGGAUACCCCUUUGUUUUGUUUGCCUUGUUGGACUGUCUUUUUGGUUUAUUGGAUUAUAGCGCCUGCUUAACAAUUACCUCUAUUUGCCUGCCGAUUUGGAUUGUUUGCUUGUGUACCUUAAUAAACUUCCUGCAAAUGGAUCCUAA